UCAGCCUCAGCCUUUUUGCUCUCUGCUCUCCAGCAGUUUCAUCGCUCAGCGGGCAGCGCUGGCUCGCUCCGAUAUUUCAGCUCGCUGUGGAUUGUGGGAGUCCAGGAGGACGUUGCCCAGGCUUGUUCCAAGAGAACCGGAGACAUUUUUCGCCGUGCCCUGUUUUAGCUUGACACUGGUAGCGCUCUCAGCACCAUGUCCAGCCGAGGAGGAAAGAAGAAGUUGACCAAGACAUCCCGGUCCACCAAGGCCGGGGUCAUCUUCCCUGUGGGACGCAUGCUGCGCUACAUCAAGAGGGGCCUGCCCAAAUAUCGUAUCGGGGUGGGAGCACCCGUCUACCUGGCUGCUGUCCUCGAGUAUCUUACUGCGGAGAUCUUGGAGUUGGCCGGUAAUGCAGCCAGAGACAACAAGAAGGGUCGUGUCACACCACGACACAUCCUGCUGGCCAUUGCCAACGAUGAGGAGUUGAACCAGUUGCUGAAAGGGGUGACUAUCGCAGCAGGUGGAGUCCUGCCCAACAUCCACCCAGAGCUGCUGGCUAAGAAGAGAGGAGCAAAGGGAAAACUGGAGACACCAGUCUCACCCGCCCCCGAGAAGAAACCCAAACCUGUCAAGAAAACAGCGACCAAGAAACUGAGUGGGAAAAAGGCCGGAGGGAAGGCUAAGAAGCAGGGUGAGGUGAGCAAGGCAGCGUCGGCAGAUAGCACCACAGAGGGAUCUCCAGUUGACAGCUUCACCGUGCUCUCCACCAAGAGCCUCUUCCUGGGUCAAAAGCUGAACCUUAUCCACAGCGAGGUCAGUAACUUGGCUGGCUUUGACGUGGAGGGGGUCAUCAACCCCACAAAUGCUGAACUUGAACUUAAAGAUGAUCUAGGCUCUGCUCUGGAAAAGAAGGGAGGGAAGGAGUUCACUGAAGCGCUGCAGGAGCUGAAGAAGAAAAACGGCCCCCUGGAGGUCGCGGGCGCUGUGUUGACUGCCGGCUUUGGUCUGCCUGCCAAGUACGUCAUCCACUGUAACAGUCCAGGCUGGGGCUCCGACAAGUGCGAGGAGAUGCUGGACAAGACGGUGAAGAACUGCCUGGCUCUGGCCGACGAAAAGAAACUCAAGUCUGUGGCUUUCCCCUCCAUUGGUAGCGGAAGGAAUGGUUUCCCGAAGCAGACAGCGGCCCAGCUGAUCCUUAAGGCCAUCUCCAGCUACUUUGUGGCCACCAUGUCUUCCACCAUCAAGACCGUCUACUUUGUCCUGUUUGACAGCGAGAGCAUUGGGAUCUAUGUGCAGGAAAUGGCCAAACUGGAGACGAGCUAAAGGAGUUUGGAGCACUCGCCUCCUUCUCCCUUUUUCCCCACUCUGUUUUUUUCCUGCAAGGAAAUAGGAAGGUGUUUACUCGUGAUUUGUUUAAUAUGAAGAAAAGAAGAAUCUUUCUAUAGGCCGGGAACUUGUUUUUGCAUCAUUUGUAUUUUUCCUAUAUUGUUUUUAAUUUCUUAUUUACUUGUCACCUCUGGCGUUAAAAUGUAUAAGUGCACUGUUCAUUCUGCGGUCUUUUCAUUCGAAACAGUGCCACACAGAACAGAUUUAACAAGUGGAAAAAAUCCACUUUAAAAUGUACUUUUCAUGGUAUAAAAUAUGUUAUGAGAGAUAGCUACACCUCAAUUACCAGGCUUCCAGAGAAGUCCGCUGAAUACGGGUUAAUGCAUGUAAUGGCAGUAAAGAUAGUAAAAACAGCUAUUCUCUUUCUUUUGAUGUUAAAAGCUCAAGAUUUGAUUCAGUGGGACUUUUUUUUCAGUAUCAAUUUUCAGUAUCAUGUUUUGGAACAUCUCAGUUGUUAAUAGUACUGUAUAAUGAAAGGUAAAGGAUAAAGUAAAUUUCUGUUUGUUCUACUUUGGUCUUCAGGAGACUAAUAUAACAGAGUUAUGGAAUGAGUUUUUGUGUUGUGUGUUGCAAAAAGUGGGUUUCUUUGUGUGCUGCAGAGACCUUAAAUUUCUCCAAACAAUGGAUCCAAAAAAAUAAUUUUAUUGUCAUGUAAAUGCCCCGUAUAUUAUUUUCUCAUCCUGGUACCAGUGGUACUGUAAAAUGAACACCUCUUGGUUGUCAAUUACAGUAAAAAUAAAUACAGUAAAUGGUAGCAUUGGAAGUUGGAGGUUUUUGCAGGGCACAAAUGGUUUAUAUUGUGUGUUCCUAUCAGUGUUUAUAUAGAUGGAGUAUUUGUGAAAUGUUAUAGUAAAGUAUUAGACUCUAACAUAGAUUUUUAUUUUCUAUUUUAAUUUUCACACUGAUUCUUAAAGGCACAGCUGAUUUUGAAGAAAAAAAUAGAGUUUUUUGAUUUUCCCUUGUGUGUGUUUUGUCUUUGUUAAGCCAUAAAACAACUUCUCAUUCUUGCUGGAGAUGGAGGCUCUCUGCUGUUGUUUUGGUUUGCUCUUUCAUUCAGCCGCCACUAGAUGGCUUCCUCUAAUCAAGAAUUGGAUUUUUCAUCUCAGCCAUUUUCUGUCCAGCAGCAGGCCUCUUCACACAGACGCUGGUCGAUUUGAGUUGGAUUUGAAUUGGGACUGACGGACGUAUAUAUAUAUAUAUAUGAGGAACCCGACUGCUCUGCUGCAUUUGGACUUUUCAAAAGCCUAACUUUCUUAUGAAAAAAAUGCUUUCUAAAGAAUUGCUACAAUUGAUGAUUCUACAAAAGGUCUGUACACACUCCGGUAAUAAAAUACCUUUAAAAACAA